CGGUCACGAACCGGUCACGGACCUGUGCUGCCUGGGGCUGCAACAAGUGCAUGGUCAAGGAGGCCAGCAACAAGGCCCAGUAUAACAGCGCUCCCUUCUCGUCCUGAAGGGCAUCACCCACAAGGCUAUUCACUGCUAAAUUCUCGGUAACCAUGGCCGCUAACGUCGUCGAAGAGCAGCCCGCUCAGGCUAUCGCAGAUGAGUUUUUGGACUCAUCGCCGGAAUACCAAAUUCCUGAGACCAAAUCAAGCGUAUCCAACAAGAAAGUCCCGAAUGCACCAGACCCGCGCUUCAGGAAGGGCGACCUUGUUCACAAACCAGCCAUAGUGAAUGGCAAGCGAACCAAGAUUGUCUAUACGAUUUAUGCCAGCAGGUACAACCCUGGCGGGUAUACAGAGUACCAGGUUACCAACGUCUACACGAAUAAGCUGGAGGGUGUGUGGAUACGUGAGAAGGACCUGAAGGCCGGCGGCUGAUUCGUGCUACUUGGCAAGUGGCUCAGCUCACCGGUGUGCAACAGGCAGCUGUAAUUGAGAUGAUUACAACCAAUUGUGGAAGUGGCGUUUACGGAGUUCGGGGCUGAGUCAACGGAGCGUGCGAUAUUCCUGCUCCAACUUCAUUCUUCCAAUACUACAUACAUUCCUCUUCCGCCA